GACUCCAUUGCUGUUGAUGGUGGUUGUGGUGUGCUCAACUCAACGAUGUGCUCAGCAAGAAGAUGGCUCCCUGGCAGAAUGGGAGCAAGGACAGAUGCAACUCCAGCCUGGUGGACGCCAACAUGGUGGUGCUGUUGGUGGACCUGCUACUUGUGGAGGGGUUAAAUGGAGGCCUGUUCUUGGCCUGAUGACCUGCUAG